CCCGUGUGCGCCUGCCUCCCCGCAGUCCCACUCCCAUCUCUCUUCUCCUGCGCCAACAACAGCAGGCAGCCUACUUCCUUGUCGGCGGUCGCCGGGGGGCGCGAGCGAAUCGUUGGGUAGAGGAGGAGGGAAAGGCCGGGGGCGGCGCUGGGCGCCCACCGCAGGUGCAUGGUGGAAGCCGCCGCGGGACGCCGGUCGGGUACCAGCCCUCGGCGGCCUAGCGGCGGAGGGGAGCAGCAGCUGCCCCUUGUCGCCGUCGCGCUCGCCACGCGCGUCGUCAUGGUCACGUCCGCUCCGCCCGCGGGGGGCGGUGUGGGAGGAGGUGGAGCGGCCGCUGGUGGCCGGUGUCUCGAUGACCUUCUCGGCUGCCUGCUCGGCGUGCUCCGCGUGCUUGGCUUCCCGUGGGCCGCGUCCCCUCAGAGGCAGCCGCGCCCAGUGUCGCCACGCGGGGCCAUCCCGUCGACAGCGGACGGCCGGCGCUUCGCGGCGGAGCUGAGGCGGAUCCCCGGCCGGAUUGCUGGCAAUGGCGCCUGCGCUGUUGCGUCGCUUUACACGAUGCAGGGCAAGAAGGGCGUCAACCAGGACGCGAUGAUCGUUUGGGAGAACUUCUGUUCAAGAGAUGACACCAUUUUUUGCGGUGUGUUUGAUGGUCAUGGACCUUACGGUCAUUUGGUUGCUAAGAGAGUGAGAGAUCUCCUACCCGUAAAGCUUGGUGCGGAUAUGGGGACAGAUAAGGGUAGAGAGACACCCGCUAGCAACAUGGAAGGCAACACAAAUGAAGUAGGUUUACCCGUAAACCCAGAGAGAAAAGAAACCACCACUUCUGUUGCAGCUGAGCAGGAUAGGGAAUACCCAGAGAUAUUCACAACAUUCAGAACUUCAUUCUUGCGGGCUUUUCACAUAAUGGACAGGGAUCUGAAGUUACACAAGAAUAUCGAUUGCUUUUUCAGUGGAACUACAGCAGUGGCAGUGCUCAAACAGGGUCAUAAUCUUAUAAUAGGCAACUUGGGAGACUCAAGAGCUAUCUUAGGCACUAGAAAUGAAGAUGGUCAGCUCAUUGCUGUCCAGUUGACGGUUGAUCUCAAACCUAACAUUCCAAGUGAAGCACAACGCAUCAGGCAACGCAGGGGCAGAAUAUUUGCACUUCCUGAGGAGCCAGAGGUUGCUCGUGUUUGGCUGCCAAAGUAUAACUCACCUGGAUUGGCCAUGGCAAGGGCAUUUGGAGACUUCUGUCUUAAGGAGUAUGGUCUAAUUUCUAUGCCUGAAGUCUCCUGUCACCGUGUCACAGAGAAGGAUGAGUUUAUUGUGUUGGCGACUGAUGGGGUGUGGGAUGUGCUGUCAAACACUGAAGUUGUUAGCAUCAUAAGCAGAGCCACUUCUCGGGCUUCUGCAGCACGCUUCCUGGUUGAAUCAGCUAAUCGUGCCUGGCGUACUAGGUACCCUACUUCUAAAAUUGAUGACUGUGCUGUUGUUUGUCUCUUCCUGAAUACACAUGAAGCAGAUGAACCAUCUAGUUCUGCAGCCAACAAUUUAGCAAAUGCUCUAGAAGUUAGUGGUGAUAAGCACUCAACAGUUGUCCAACUGAGCACUGGAGUAUCUGCCGAUGUGGUUAAUGCACUUGUGAAAGAUACAAAUGAGCUAUCUUUUGUUGAUGCUGUUGCGAAGCCAGUUACUGUCUCAGAUUUGACAAAGGAUGGUUCAGGCACAAAGCAAAGCAUCAUUUGAGCUUGUGUGUUGCAUGAGAUUGAACAUUUGUUGGGCGAUUUGUGCUGUGUUAGUGCGCUCCCAUUCUCCCAUUCAGAAUUCUGAGCCUGAUGCCUAUUUUUAUGAGCGCGUUGAAAUUCACUGCUUGCUAUUUUCUACAUGCAAGUCCGAGUAGGGUCUUGAGUUUUCGUCAUUUGUGAAGUACCACUUCGGUUUUAGUGUGACCUGCCAUAUUUCUUUGUAAUAAUUUUGUUCUUAAUGUUUGUUUAGUCUCGUAACAAUAAUAGUAUCCCUAUAGGAAGAAGCCUUCCGUGUUCUCACAGUUCUGUAAUAUUCAUUCUAUUGCCGUCCAUUACAGUGGCUGUUAUGCAUUUCAACUUUUGGUCCUC